AUGGCUGCAAUGCCAAAACCCUCCGACUCCAAGACGGGCGGCAAGGCCACCGUCUUGCUAGGGUCCCAAUGGGGUGACGAGGGCAAGGGCAAGCUUGCCGAUGUUCUCUCUGGUCAGAUGGACGUUUGCGCACGAUGCGCUGGUGGUAACAACGCCGGACACACCAUUGUCGCCGACGUCAACGGCGUCAAGACCAAGUUCGACUUCCACCUCCUCCCCUCUGGUCUCGUCAACCCUCGCUGCGCUGGCUUCAUCGGCUCCGGUGUCGUCGUUCACGUUCCUUCCUUCUUUGCCGAGCUGGACAACAUCGAGAAGAAGGGUCUCAACUGCGAUGGCCGUCUCUUCAUUUCCGAUCGUGCUCACCUUGUUUUCGACUUCCAUCAGGUCGUUGAUGGUCUCAAGGAGGUUGAGCUGGGCGGUAGCAGCAUCGGCACCACCAAGAAGGGUAUCGGACCGGCUUACUCCUCCAAGGCUUCGCGUUCGGGUCUUCGUGUACACCACCUCUACGACCCCGAGCUGUUUGCCUCCAAGUUCCGCAAACUUGUUGAGGGCCGUUUCAAGCGUUACGGUCACUUUGAGUACGACACCGAGGGUGAGAUUGCCCGUUACCGUGCUUUUGCCGAACGUCUGCGACCGCACAUUGUCGACGGUGUCACUUUCAUCCACACCGCGCUCGCUCAGAACCGCAAGGUGUUGGUGGAGGGGGCCAACGCUCUCUUCCUCGACAUCGAUUUCGGAACGUAUCCCUUCGUCACCAGUUCGUCCACUUCGAUUGGUGGUGUGCUCACCGGUCUCGGCAUCCCGCCCACUGCCAUCGGCGAUGUCAUCGGUGUCAUGAAGGCCUACACUACUCGUGUCGGUAUGGGACCUUUCCCUACCGAGCUGCACGAGGAGAUCGGUCACCACUUGCAAGAGGUUGGCGCCGAGUACGGUGUCACCACUGGCCGAAGACGUCGUUGCGGUUGGCUCGACUUGGUCAUGAUGCGAUACUCGUGUCUGAUCAACGGCUACACCAGCCUCAACUUGACCAAGCUCGACGUGUUGGACGAGCUCAAGGAGCUCAAGAUUGCUAUUGGCUAUGUCGUUGAUGGCAAGGAGCUGCCGAGCUUCCCCGCUGACCUUGAGGUGCUCGCCAAGGUCGAAGUACAGUACAAGACAUUGCCAGGAUGGCAGCAAGAUAUCUCGAAAGCUCAGACCUGGGAAGAGCUUCCCAAGAAUUGCCGCAAGUAUGUAGAAUUCAUCGAGCAGUUCCUCGGCGUCAAAAUCGAAUGGAUCGGCGUCGGACCUGCUCGUGAGUCGAUGAUUCACCGAGCAUGA